UGCUUGAGCUGUAAGGAAGCCUCACAAAAGACGCCUGCGCACGAGCCUUUGAUUCCCCACCUAGUUUGGACCCUGUCCCAUUUCCCGGAAGUGAUGUUAAUCAUGCGUAAUCCAGCUGCCUAUGCUCCUCCCCUCGGACUCUGGGCCCUGCCCCUGAGGGAUGGCCCAGCCCCUUUCCCCUCCUCCCUCCUCCCCCUCCCUUCUCUUGCUCUCGGCUCCGUCCCCUCCCCUCCCUAGGGCCGUAUUAGUGCCUCGGAUCGCCGCUUUUUCUGUCGCUCCUGGGCCUGCAAGUGCCACUUAGUUAUCCCGGAGGCGCAGGCGGGAUAUGAUCUGUGCUUACUACUGUCCCUGUCCCGCCGGUCAGCUGUCCCGUCGCAACCCCGAACCAGCAUCCGCGGGGCUGUGCGUUCUUGCGUGUGCCAGUGCCCUGCCCGGGCCCCGUGGUUGAGACUGCGGUGCCCCCCGACCCGCCCCCUCCUCCCAUGGCGGCAGAGAUCCAGCCGAAAGCGCUGACCCGCAAGCCGAUCUUGCUGCAGCGGGUAGAGGGGUCCCAGGACGUGGUGAACAUGGCAGUGAUUGUGCCCAAAGAGGAGGGAGUCAUCAGCGUCUCAGAGGACAGGACGGUCCGGGUGUGGCUCAAGAGAGAUAAUGGACAGUACUGGCCAAGUAUCUACCAUACAAUGCCUUCUCCAUGUUCAUGCAUGUCUUUUAACCCGGAAACAAGAAGACUGUCCAUAGGUCUAGACAAUGGUACAAUAUCAGAAUUUAUUUUAUCAGAAGAUUACAACAAGAUGAGUCCUGUGAAAAACUACCAAGCUCACCAGAGCAGAGUAACAAUGGUCCUGUUUGUUCUGGAGAUGGAGUGGCUGCUGAGCACGGGACAGGACAAGCACUUCACCUGGCACUGCUCAGAGAGCGGGCAGCGCCUGGGAGGUUACCGCACCAACUCGGGACCCUCUGGCCUGCAAUUUGAUGUUGAUACGCGACAUGUGUUUGUGGGUGACCAUUCAGGACAAGUUACAAUCCUCAAACUGGAGCAAGAAACCUGCAGCCUCGUCACAACAAUCAAAGGACACACAGGUGGAGUGACAGCUUUAUGCUGGGACCCAGUCCACCGAGUGCUGUUCUCUGGCAGUUCCGAUCACUCUGUUAUCAUGUGGGACAUUGGUGGAAGAAAAGGAACUGCAAUUGAGCUCCAAGGACACAAUGACAAAGUCCAGGCUCUCUCCUAUGCUCCACAUACUCGACAGCUCAUCUCUUGUGGAGGAGAUGGUGGUAUUGUGGUCUGGAACAUGGAUGUCCAGAGGCAAGAGACUCCAGAAUGGUUGGAUAGUGAUUCCUGUCAAAAGUGUGACCAGCCUUUCUUCUGGAACUUCAAGCAAAUGUGGGACAGUAAAAAAAUCGGCUUGAGACAGCACCACUGUAGGAAGUGUGGGAAGGCCGUCUGUGGCAAAUGCAGCUCCAAGCGUUCCUCCAUCCCACUGAUGGGCUUUGAAUUUGAAGUGAGAGUCUGUGACAGCUGUCACCAGUCCAUCACGGAUGAAGAACGUGCACCCACUGCUACCUUCCAUGACAGUAAACAUAAUAUUGUUCAUGUACAUUUUGAUGCCACCAGAGGAUGGUUAUUGACUUGUGGAACAGACAAAGUUAUUAAGUUGUGGGAUAUGACACCAGUGGUAUCUUGAUGAUGCUUUCCAGAAUCUGAAAAACAGCAUUUCCAGAAGCAAGUCAUUUUAACAUGAAUCACUGAGGAAGAUGAAAGUAAAGAUGAGUGUGGUAGGAUGUAAAGGAGCGACUAAAGAAUCUGAGUUUGUUUUUAAGUCAUCUGCUAGUGAGGGGUGCACACUAACAAGGAGACUCUUAUUUCAACUUGUUCACAUAACAUAAAGAGAUAUUUUUUUAAGCAAAUGAUUUGUAUUACCUGGCUAUACUACAUUGUUUUAAGAUUGUCUGAAAAAAAUCUGGGUAGGAUGGAUGUUUCGUUUUUAAUAUUUCAACACUUCAUUGUUCUUGCUGCUUUGUUGGGGAAGUUGAUGGAGGUGUCUUUUCAAGAGGUGGGAGGGAGCCUUUGUGGUUCCACCAGUUCCCCACCUCAGGAUAAACUACCACAUGGGUAAGCAUCACUUUUACCUCCCGCUCAUCUCAAAUCUGCUCUCUAGAAAGAAUGUAUUUAGGCUAUUUAUUGUAGAUGUUUCUGGUUUCAUCUCCAAUUCAGUGGAGGCAUUUGUGAAGAACGACUGACUUCUUGAAGGAGCUAAACAGCAGUGCCUGGCUUCAUCUAGUCUUUAUCAAAUACAGAUAAACCACUCUCAGUUUCCUGAACCACAGAAGGGAAAUGGGAGUUUUUCCUGCCUUUCCCUGCUCCUCCUAAAAAUAGUGGUUAAAGUGCCCCACAACCAUCUAGAAGAUGUCGAAGUUGAUGAUUACAGCUGAGAGCAUCUCCUAUUAGCACCUGCGCCAAUCUGAACUCAGCUGUAACCACAUAAGCUAUUUUCAGUGAAAUUUUAGUGACAGGCCCUUCUCAGGUUUCACCAAGCCUCACAUUAUAAAACCAAUUGUCUCUUAGAUUUCUGUUCCUUUUGAACUUAAAUGUGUUCAUUUGUAUAAAAUUUUAAUUGAAUCUCUUUUAUUCUUCCCACUCAAACUAUGCAUUAAAGGGGGGGGGGGAACUCAUGGAAUUGAUCCAGACAUUUUGCAUACUAAAAUGAUAUAUCUCUUGAGAGACAUGGUAUUGUGGAAUUCUGCUUUUUCGUGUGUUUUUCUUUGGGCAAAACUUUAAAUUUGUUAAUGAAAUGUAAGAUAAUGAUUUUUAAAGUGAACCAAAAUGGCCUGCCUAUUAUUGUAUUUCUCUUCUUAACUUCUUUCAUUUUGAGCCCAAAAAGAAGUGGAAUGAAACCCUGCUAGGGAAAAUUGCCAGUUCUUCCAGUUGUGAAAAGAAGACUCAUAUAGAGCUUAGAAAAUUUGCUCAUUUUCUAUCUAGAAAACUUAUUUUUUAUUCUCUUAUGAAUGAACUCAUUUUCACUAUAUUGAAAAACCUUGACUUCCACUGUACCGUUUAUAUAUCUGAGUUAGCAAACUUUUUACUAGGGAUGGGGAGGACUUUGGAAACUCUCCCUUUUAAUUUCUUCCUUUCUGGAAAGCAGAAAGUCUUAUGGUACUGCAGAUUUCUUAUUAUUUAACUUUCUCUCUUCUUGGUUUUUUAAAUUGUGUGGCUGGCGGUUAGCACCAAACAAACUAGAAAACCAGCCCUCAUAAUGGAAAGCUCUGCUUCCUGGUUCUGUGACCUCUUGAAUAACUUGGUAGUGAUUAUGACAAUGUAAGAGGCCUUGGGGAAAAUAGCACUGUGUGAUGCCUUAUUAAAUUGAAAUUUUAUGCUUAUAAACAAGAAAUUUUGGCAGAACACAGGGAAAGAAAUAUUCCCAUGUUCCUGUGACUCAUCCCAACCCCCCAAAAUGUGUAAAUAGGACAAAUCAUCCUAAGGAACAAAAAACACUUACCACUUUUUUUUUCUCUCCCCCAAAUGCCUUCCCUGCUAUCAGUAGCUGCUCUAAUCAAUAUUUUGAAUGUCUUCUGCAUGUCUGUCUCAUUUAAGGGCUUUUAAAAUUCAGAUUUUUUAAAUAUUCAAAUGUCUAUAGUCUAUAUGCCUGGAUCUCAAUACUCUAUUACUAAUUUCUAAGUACUAAUAGGUGGAGGUGAUCCACAAAAAUGACUAGAAGGCCUCACACUCUAGUUUGCCUUCUUCCUUUUGGCAAUUCUGGCCAGUACAAUAAAAGGGAAAUCUAGUAUUAAGGAAAUGAUGGGACAAUUGCCCAUCAGGCCUUUGCACAAAUUCUCCAAAUGAGCCAAAAAUCUCUUUGGACAAAUACUUGCACUCUUAAAGGAUCUCACAUGAUUCUUUUAGAUUACUGGCAUGUGACUUAAAUGUGAUUUUUUUGCAUGGAAGUCUAUACUCAAAAAGCCUUUACAAAGUCUAUUCAACAUCACAUUCUUAUCUAAGCCCAAAGAGUUGCUCAUCAUUUAAAGCCAAUUGAGUCAUUCUCAAGUUUCAUCAGUGGUAUGAAUUUUGCUUUUAAAAGAAUUUUGUGAGGGACAGUGAAGUAGCUAAGUAGAUUGAGAGUCAGGCCUAGAGACAGAGUUCCUGGAUUCAAAUCUGGCCUCAGACACUUCCUAAACUAUGUGACCCUGGGCAAGUCACUUAACCCUCAUUGGAACUAACACUUAGUAUUGCUUCUAAGAUGGAAGGUAAGGGUUUAAAAAAAUACGAUGUUUCUAAUUUGCUUUGUUCCUUCUCUUUUCUGACUGUCCUUGAUGUCAUUUGGAUUCAGGGAAGAUAGUGUAGUCACAUGAGCUGGUUAUCUCAGAAAAUCUUGAAUGCUUUGAUUUUUAAAUUGUGUUCUUGUCCUCUUUUUACAAAUAGAAUCCCCCCUCCCCAUUUGACCCAAUAAGUAGACAUUCCUUUCUUCUAUUUACUACUUUUAUUUAACCAUUACCUUCUGUCUUAGAAUUGAUACUCAGUAUUAGUUCUAAGGCAGAAUAGCAGUCUAGACAUUUGAGAUUAAGUACUAGACAAUUAGAGUUAAGUGACUUGCCCAGGAUCACAUAGCUAGGAAAUGCUCUAUCUCCAAUGAGCCAUCUAGUUGUCCCCCUUCAUUUCCUUCUUCUAAGGAAUUAACAUCUCAAGAACAGCAGCUGACAAAUUAUCCUCUACCAUAACAGAAAGAAAAAAAAAUCGGAUGAAAUAAAAUUUAGAACCUCAUUUUGUUCCUUUGCCUAAGCAGCCUUUCUGAUUGGCUUUUUAAAUUUCCCUCUCAUUUGCCUUAAUAUUAAUAAAUAGAUCUUUCAUUAUCAGAAUUGGAAAGAACCUUAAGAUUUACCAAGACUCAGCCUUAGCCACGCCAGACAGACAGACAGCACUGGCUGGGCCAGGGGAGCCUUUGGGGAGGGGAUUGGGGGGGAGGGGGGAGGAGAUAGUCUAGAAUAGCUCUGCAGGAACUGUUUGCUUUGGGAAAUUUUUACUUUAGGGAACUGUGACUAGCACCUGGUGUGACAAUACAGUCCUGGCAUGAAGGCAUUCAACCAGAUCACCCUUAGAAAGGAAGGAUUGUGCCAUUGGGUCCAAUUUCUUUUCUUUAAAAAUAGAUUUGAUAUACUUUCUUUCACCAACUCUGGUCAAGCUAGUAAAUAGAUAAUAGGGCACUCGUUGCAGGUCUGUGCCCCACCACUCAGGCCGCAGAGCCAGCGUGGAGACUGGAAGUUCAGGUACCCACAAGAACACAUAGAAUGAAGGAACCCGUUUGGUGGCUCUUCUGGGCAGACCUCUGCCCUGCUCUAGGAACACCUCCCUUCCUUUGAAGCCUCAUUUCUUAAGAUAUCAUUUCUCUUCUUGUUAUUGCUCAGUUUGUUGGUUGAGCCUUAAUUUAGACUAUGAAGAGUAACUACAAACUAAAGGUAAUAGAAGUAUUUGGAGAUUCUCCAAUUUGAUUUGAUUUCACUACAGGCUCUUAAUGGAUAGGGAGGAUUGGACCUGUGAUUCCAAUGGUGUAGGACAGCCCCUCUACCAUCACAAGUAGGCGCCUUCACUGCACAACCUUUAGAGUUGGAAAGUUGCCUAGAGCCCUGAAAGAUAACAUGACUUACCCAGGGUCACAUUGCUGCCAGGAGUCAGAAGCAGGAGCUGAACCCCGGGGCUCCCUGACUCUGAAGCCAGCUGUCUAUCCACUGUCAUAACUGCCUCUUAACUGUACAUAAAUGAUCUUGUCACCAAGGUUUACCUCUUAAAAUACUGGAAACUAAAAUCUUUUUGCCAGCAGUUUACAUUUUUCAUGCUGACCUAAGAAAUUCUUCUUUUUUGCCUCAUUUAAGGUAGUUUAAGCUGCCUAUUGUUUUGUGUGCAGAUGUGCAAGCUUUUAGAGUGAAAGUAAGCAAGCAUUCAGCAACCUGAAGGAGAGCAAGAAUAAAAUGAACUCUUAAAAGGGAUUUGCCCAUUUAAUUAAUUACAAUCUCAUUUAGUAUGACGUGCCAAAAAAUAGUGUCCUAAACGUCGAUGGUGUACUUUUAAGCUUUUAAAGGUUAACGGCUGCACUAAGGCUUUUGUGGCACCCUGAACGUUCCUGGACUCCUAUACACGUUUGCUAUUAGAACACUGAUCCUUAAGGAGUUAAAGAGAAACACCAUCCCUAAUGCUUUGAAAGAUGUUUAGUUGAUCACUUAUCAUUGUUCCAGUCUCAAAGCUUCCUUUCUUUUAUAAAUGCCUGAAAUUGGAAACUUGAAAUGGCCCCUACUUUCACGGAUUCAUCAUUCAAGAAGUAUUGGGUAUUCUCAGGGUACAUAGCCCAAUCGUUGGUGCAAUGGAAUGACUCUAGAACACUACCUUCUCCCUGCAUUGGCCUUGAGGAGUUUACAUAUGAAGUUCAUUUUGGCCUUUAACACCAUCUACCACUUCCUCCUUCCCCCUGAGAGCAGCCUCAGGUUACCACCAGCCAUUUGUAUUCACAGACCUUUGGAAGAGUCAAGGCUACAUGCUUGCUUCCACGACAACCGGAGGAGGGCAUUGCUCUGUACAAUCCAAUUCUGGGAAACAGCUCUUGGCCUUAAGCUAAUUUCUAACUACAUGCUGUGUCUUCAGAACUUUUUCAGAGAGGGAAUUAGGUGAAGCCUGACUCUACCCACACAUGUCAAGGAGCAUUAGGGGACGUGUGUUUUCCCUAAAGAGGCAGAGAUAAAGGAGCAUAGUAUGACCACAGGGGAUACUUGGCUUUGCAGGGCUUCUGAAAUGCCAUUUUUGCCUUUAUACAAUCCCUCUUCCAUUUCUUUAUGCUAUAAACUAGCGUUAUCUUCUAUUUCCAGUGCCCAAAGUAUUAUCUGACUAUAUAUUAUAAAAUCAUCUUUAUUUUUAAACCUCAUUCUGGCCUUACAGAUAAGAACUCAGAAGUUAAACUGUAUAAUUGUUUUUAACAUCAGUUUCUAUCCCUGCAAUUUACAUUAGUAGAAUUCAUAUUCAUCAUCAGGGUUAUCAUAAGCCAGCCACUACUGAUACUAGGCAAGUGCUUAUCUACAAGGCUUGAUUAAGCCAGACAAAGGAGUGGAGACCAUUCUUCUGUAUUGUCCUCUAUCAAAUUCCAAGAAAGCACAGUCUGUAUUUUAUAUCUAUAACUACAUGUACAUUUUGUUAUGGAAAGUGGAAAUAAAGGGGGUGGUGGCUAAUCAAUCACUGUACAGUUUCAUAAAGAGAUAUUUCAAAUAUUCCUCAUGGAUCUCCCUCAACCUUGUAUCAGACCUUUUUGUAUAAGUCUUACUGACCACUCCCCAACCUCCAUUAGUUAAGCUCCUCCAGUUCAGAGACUCUCUUGGUUUUCAUUAAUGGAAUUAUGUUUCUAUAUCCCCCAGCACAUCGCCCAGUGCCUUGUAUGUAGAAGACAACAAAUGCUUGUUGAAUUGGGUCAGCAGUUAUAAGAGAAUCAAACUUGUUUAGGAAAAAGACAUGGAAAUUAUAUGUUGUUUUGAUGAUCAGAUUAGAGAUGGGGAGCCAUAUCUGACUUCAAAUCAGGCCUUGACAUUCUGGGUCUCUUUUGCCUUUUUUAGAUAAUGGAGAGGGCAGACUUUACUAAAUAGAAAGGCCAAACCGGCUUGUUUAUAUCUUUUGUUACUUAAAAAGCACUUUGUGACAACUAGCACAUACCAACAUAAUGGAUGGACCAAACUUUUGUUUCUUAUACCUUUAGUUGUGUUUUAUGUUAUUGAUAUUAUGUGUUUAAGGACAUAUUUUUCAAUGUUGUUGUUAUUUUGCAAAAGAAAACUGUUAUAUAUGUUCAAAACCUGUUCUAUACUGUAUAACUUGGAAAGUACUUGGCCAAAUAAAAACUGGUUUCUGAGCCUGACUUUUGUCACAGUCAGGAACAUGGAUCCUUCCUAUCAUCCUCUAUGGCACAGAUCUUUAAUUGGUUGCAGUUGUCCCAUUUUAUACAUUUAUUUUAAAAUAGGGAGUUCUUUGAGAAUUUCAGGGUCAAAAUGUAAUAAAAAUGAAAGUUGGAGUGGAUCGCUUAAAUGCUAGUCUAUUGUUAAGCCCUCUACCCUUUGCCCUGGGUAUGAAAACAAAACACAGUUAAGUCCUCAGCAACCAGAUCUUGCCACCUGCUCGGAGACAGCUAUCUUAGCAUUAUAUUCAGGAAAUCUCUGUUUCAAUUUCAAAGGGUUUCCACAAUGUGAUAGAAUAAUAAAGAUUAUGACUUUGUCACGUUAAAGAUACAUAUCUAAUAUCAUGAUAAAAUGCUGCGGAAUGGCGUGAAUGUUUUCCAUCCACUCAUUUUUCCUUUGCCCUCUUCCAUGGAAUUGAACUGUAUGUCUGUUCAUAUAAUGAUAUAAUAAGACUUGAUGAAAAGCUGCCUCUGUGGUUGAAAAUAAACCUUUGUGAAACCUUCCUGUA